ACUUUCGAGCAGAAACACGCACAGCCGCCGUCGCUGCUGGAGCUGGAGCACUGAGUCCACGCUGCCGUUGCCGCCCUACGACGAGCCAUUAGCUUUUAGUGCAUUCGUGUCGCUCGUGUCGUGUCCUUUGGAGUGCAGUGAGUGGUUCCGUUUUCUUUCUGUGAAAUGAAUGUACGUAAAUUGAAGAGAAUUAUGUGAAGCAACAAUUGGCAUUGUGAAGUUACGAGUUUGUAUGAGGAAAGAGGAUUAGCGAAGUAUUUUACGUUGCUGGAUGACGUUAAGAAGAACGUUUCUGAGUGAGUUAAGUGUGUUGUGAUAUCCUUGUACGAGAACUCGGUGAAUAGAUAGUUAAACCACGUGCUAUACAAAGUGGCAGAAGUGUGCCAAGUGAAGAAGUGAAGUUACUGGAACAAGUAUCCUUUGAGAAUUCGUCCUGUGGGGAUUGUGAAUUGAAAAUUUGAAACAGUUACAUGAAGAAGGAUUAUUACCAGGAAAAAAAGGAGUCUUGUAAAACAAAUAGCAUUCAAGGGUUCUUAAUGAAGUGACAACCACUACGAUAGUGAAGAAGAUUGAACCCAAGAAAAACGAAAACUCGAACCAGGGAACAGGACCGGCGAUUCUCAACGCGGUUCCGGCGCUGAAAGUGGUAUUUGUGCAGCGCUCCGGCCAGAUAAAAGGAUACGUUUCUGUGUGUUAGCGUUGUCUAGUGGCGGGAAAAACGAAAUUCGUCCCACGUGUACCAGUGGUGUCGUGUCGUGGCCAUCACCGUCGUGGCUGUGUGUAGUGUGAGAGGCCCGGGUCUGCUGGUUUUCGCAUCAUCAUCAUCAUCAUCACCACCAUCAUCAUCAUCGUCACUCGGUAGCACCAGCAGCAUCCGCUUCAUAAUCAGCGCAUCAGGCAGCACCAUUACUGUCAGCAGCAGACACUCUGGGCGCGCGUGUUGAAUGAAACGCCACGUCAGACUGGCAGCGUGACAGCAGCAGCAGCAGCAGCAGUACCAGUUGCCUGUUGCCAUCACCUCGUCGACCGGAGUCCCGGAAAAGCUUCCGGAAGGGGGAAAAAUAAAGAAAGAAACAAAAAAAAGGGCCAACCGUGUGAGCAGCAGCCACCGAAGACGAACCGUUUACCGGAAACCGGAAGAAAUAUCCGUGUCAGCGUCACCGUUUGCCGUUCGUCAGCAGUUCCUGGUUCUAGUCUAUUUUCAACAAACACGUCGCCGUCCAGUCAGACGAUGCACCACCGUCCCCUUCCGACGAUGCGUUGUUGCUGAGUCGCAGGGACUAAUAUGGAGGAAGGUGGUACGGAUCCCGAGAACAACAAUAGUAGCAGCGCUCACUGUGGAAUGUUAGGCAUCAGCAUGCCAUGCGAAGGAGCCACCGGUCAUGAUUUUGCUGCCACCGUCCGGAAGGAGCUGGAGUACGCCAACGCGAUCGCCGCACACUACCACGGCGCAACGGUCGAGAAGAUUAGCAGCAGCAGCAGCAGCAGCGGUGGUGCUGGUGGUGGCGGAGGUGGCAUUGGUAGCAGCAGCAGCAACGAUCGCGUCAUCAGCUACAAGAUAGAGAGCAGACGAAAAAGUGAGAACUGCAGUCGUUCGAAUAGCCCAUUUCUCAAUCACGCGGCCAGCGAUCUGGACGCGGUGACGUGUGGUCGCAGCAGUAGCAGUGGCAGCAGUAUCCACAACAACAACAACAACAACCACAAUAACAACAACACCAUCAAAUCGACACUUUUGCGGAACUCCCAGGACAAGAUGUCACCACUGUCGAUGCCCACGGGACCGAGCUCGAGUGCAACAUCGUCGGCAGCAGCGGCUGCGGCCGCUGUUGCAGCAGCCCAAGUGCACCUGAACGGAACUAUGCAAGAUAUGCUCAACCUGCAGAAGCUGCAAAGCUUAGCGCAGCUAACGGGAGCCAGCGUGUUGGCGCCUGGUUUAGGUUUACCGAGUGCGGCGCCCCUGCUGGCCAAUUCACCCCUCAAUCUAAGCCUUUCCAGCCAGAGCCACAGUCCGGUGUUGAGUCUUGGGCCGACGGCUCCUCCAUUAGCAGCGGCCGCCCCGCAAAUGCCCCAGUUGUUACUGGCCUCGGGGCAGAUAAUGCAAGGAAUUCAAGGUGCCCAACUACUGAUACCGACUUCUCAAGGUAUUGCGACGCAAACGAUCCUCACGAUACCGGUCGGCCAACAGGUGAUAUCGAGCAUGAGCAGCGAAGCGUUGCUGCAGUCGUUGAACUUCAACAACACCCUAAGUGAUUCACUGAGCUCACAGGCGGCGCAAGCCGCUGCAGCUGCAGCGGCCGCCAGUGGAGCGAGCCUGUUUGCCACUCCAAGGGAUACCGCGGGAACACCAGGUCCGGGGCUGCUCUCGGCCCAGCUGCUCAACUCAGCCGCUAGCCAUUCGAUGCAUCAGCAACAGCAGCAGCAGCACCGGGAACACUCUCCCAAACCCCUACACUACGCCAAUCAUCAUCAUCAUCAUCACCACCAUCAUCUCCAUGGGGAG